CUCACACACACACACACACACACACAGACGCAUUCUCUCUCACACUCAGACACACACACACUCUCUCUCUCCUCUCUCUCACACACACACAGACGCAUUCUCUCUCUCUCCUCUCACACACACACACACAGACGCAUUCUCUCUCACACUCAGGCAGACACUCUCUCUCUCUCUCCUCUCACACACACACACACAGACGCAUUCUCUCUCACACUCAGGCAGACACUCUCUCUCUCUCUCUCACACACACACACAGACGCAUUCUCUCUCACACCCAGACACACACACACUCUCUCUCUCCUCUCUCUCACACACACACAGACGCAUUCUCUCUCACACUCAGGCAGACUCUCUCUCUCUCUCUCUCUCUCUCUCUCUCUCACACACACUCACACUCACUCUCUCUCUCUCUCCAUUCACUUCAGCACCGUUCUGAUGAACAGCGACCCGGUCACUCGCAGCUCACCCGCCCGUCUCAGCAGAGCGGCGAUUGCGGUGCUCCUCGCUCUCUGGAAUAAGGAGGAUAGCCCGAUGUUAUUAUGGAUGCCUUAUCUGUUUCUGAAGGAAACGCUGCUGAUGUUACGAUAAUGGACUCGGAUGCGGGCGAGAGAGCCGAACAGGAAAGCUCGACACGUGAGAUGGUGGAGGAGCCACAAAGUGCAGGAGAGCCCAGACCGGGCCUGAUCCAGACAGAGGGAGCGCCCCCCAGUCCCCCCGGGACAGCCCCCCUCUCCCAGCUCUACCACCAGGUCCCGGGGGGCAUCGCCCCCCACGAUUCGCCACUGCUGAGGAGGUGUCGCUACUGCGGGCACCGGCAGCCAACCACAGCCAGCCCCAGGCCCGAGCACUGUCCAAUCACAGACAGCCCUCGGCCGGACCGCCCCCCUGCAGCAGUCAGGACCGCCCUCAGCUGUAGCUCCUCCCCCGCCCCUUCCGGCCGCGACACCGUGCACUGCCAUUGGCUACAGGGAUCACAUGACUCCAGCAACCACCAGCCAGUGCAGCACCACGUGGUGACCGUCAGGCAUGAGUCACAGCACCGGAUCCCGAGAAGCUAUUCCCAGCUGAUUGCUGACUGGCCGAAGGCAGUGCUGAUUACCUGCGCUGUGGUGUUCCUGGCGUUCUCAUUGGCUGGGGUGCUGAUCGGUCCCCUGCCAGACUUCUCAGACCCUCUCUCAGGGUUUGAGCCGCGCGGCACUGAAAUCGGGACGCGGAUGCAUGCCUGGAGCAAGCUGCAGGAGAGCACGGAGCCUGGGAAACUACUGUCCCUGUCUCCCAACCAGUCCUUCCUCAGUGAGAAGAAAGGGGGCGCUGUGGGGGAGAGAGAGGCUGUACCCCCAGGCCCUGAGACCAAGGAGAAGAAGAGGAAGAGGAGGAUGGUGGAGAGGGACUUCACGCAGGACUCCUCCUUUUGCAGCUCUCCCAACGUCAGCUUUGCUCAGCUGGUAUUCCGCUCUGGAAACUCGGACAGUCUCUGGAGUCUCUCUGCGAUUCACUCCAUGUGUAAGAUGGAUCAGGAGCGGAUCCGGUCCCACUCUCACUUCCAGAACCUGUGCCUCCGGCAGGGCGGGGAGGGCGGGCAGUGCUGCCCCAGCUGGUCCCUGGGCAACUACCUGGCGGCGCUGGAAAACGUGACGUGCGAGGAGCUGAGCGAGCAGCAGCUGUCAGACCGGCUGCAGCAGCUGAGGAGGUGCGCUCCCUACUACCACCAGGGCAGCCUGGCGCCGGCCUGCGGGGAGCGGGGCAAGCCCGGCCGCUGCUCCUCCGUGCCCGACCAAUGCAAGAGCUCCAGCGCCAUCUACCAGAUCCUCCACUACUUGGUGGACAAAGACUUCCUGGGGCCGCAGACCACUGGAUACCAGGUGCCCUCUCUCAAGUACAGCCUGCUCAUCCUACCCCUGGGCAGGGGGGACUCCCUGAUGGACAUCUACCUGCAGAACCUGGAGGGCUGGGACCUGCGCUUCGGCACCACCGCGAUCACCGGCAUGGACCUGGGCAUCAAGAAGCAGCUGUUCUGCUACUACCUGGUCAGGGACCUGGUCUAUCCGCUCCUGGGGGCGGUCACCCUUGUCCUGGCCACUGCCCUCUACCUGCGCUCGCUGCUCCUGGCCGUCGUCACUCUGGGGGCGGUCCUGGGCUCCUUGGGGGUCUCCUACUUCUUCUACAAGCUGGCCUUCCGCCUCACCUUCUUCCCCUUCCUCAACCUGGCUGCUGUUCUGGUCCUGCUGGGCAGCUGCGCCAACCAGGCCUUCACCUUUUCAGACCUGUGGGGCCUGCAGCUGUCCCUGAAGCCCCCCGCUCUCCUGGACAAGAGGGUGAGCCGGGUGCUGCACGAGGCUGGCUACCUGACCGUGGUGUCCGGUCUGACGUCCAGCGCGGCCUUCUACUCGGGCUACCUGAGCAGCAUCACGGCAGUGCGCUGCUUUUCCCUCUACUUGGGCACGGCCACGCUGGUGAGCUCGCUUGCCGCCCUGGUGUGGCUGCCCUGCUCCCUGGUCCUCCGCGAGAGGUACUCGCACGUCACAGUCUCCCCACGGCCGGCCGGCAGGGUGUGCUGCGCCCCGAGCUCAGGGGGGUUCUGGGACAGCAGCUCCCGGAAGCGGUGCCUCUUCUCCCUGGCACGCAAGAUGAGGAGCCUGAGCAGGGGCAUGACCAGCACCUCGGACCUCCUAUUCCUGAAGGUCCUGCCCUGCGGGGUGGUCAAGUUUCGCUACAUCUGGGUGUGCUGGUUCACGACGCUGGCUGCUGGGGGCACCUACAUCACCUGCGUGGACCCCGGGAUGAAGCUGCCCGUGCUGGAGAGCCAAGCCACUCAGCUCUUCCGCUCCAGCCACCCCUUCGAGCGCUAUGACGCGGAGUACCGGCACCAGUUCAUGUUCCAGAGGCUGCAGAGCGGCGAAGAGAAGCCCAUGGCCGUCACGCUGGUCUGGGGGGUCCUCCCUGUGGACAACGGGGACCACCUCGACCCCCGCAGCACGGGCUCCCUGGUGAUGGACCCUGACUUCAACAUGAGCAGCCCCGAGGCUCAGGUUUGGCUGCUGGAGCUCUGCGGAAGGACGCGGAACCAGAGCUUCUACUGGGAGCAGUGGGAGGGAGAGCGCGACAGGGGGGAGAGCGUGUGCCUGGUGGAGAGGCUGGUGCGCUGGAUGAGCAGCAGGCAGUGCUCCCUGAACGACAACGACAACGGCCUCUGCUGCAACCACAUCCCUUUCCCCUACCGCCCUGCCGUGUUCCAGCACUGCCUCGGCAUUUUCACCGCGGAGAGGAGGGAGGAGGAGGAGAAGAGGGGGCUGCGGUCCGACUCCGGGAGUGUGCGCUUUGACUCCGAGGGCCGUGCGGCAGCCCUGGCGCUUGUGUUCGGGACCACCUACCGCUACAGCUUCAACUACAACCAGACAGCCCUUUUCUACCAGGAGAUUGACGCCUGGUUCCUGGGGGAGAUGUCAGGGGCUCCCCCGGGGCUGCGCGGGGGCUGGUUCAUGAGCCACUUGGGCCUCUAUGACCUGCAGCAGUGCCUGAGCUCCGAGACUCUGGUGGUGAUGGGCUUCUCGGUGGCCCUGGUCUUCACCACGCUGCUCCUGACUACGUGGAACGUGCUGCUGAGCGUCUACGGCGCUGCGGCUGUGGGGGGCAGCGUCUUCGUGACGGCCGGGCUGCUGGUCCUGCUGGAGUGGCAGCUGAGUGGGCUGGAGGCCCUCUUCAUCUCAGCCGCCGCCGGGCUCUCCGUGGACUUCGCCGCGAAUUACUGCGUCUCCUACAGCCUCUCCCCGCACUCGGACCGGCUGGGCAGGGUGGCGCACUCCCUCAAGAGGAUGGGCUGCCCCGUGGCGCUGGGGGCCGGCUCCUACUUCUGCGCCGGGAUCCUGAUGCUGCCGGCCACCGCCCUGGUGUUCCGCAAGCUGGGCAUCUUCCUGCUGCUGGUGAAGUGUGUGGCUUGUGGCUUUGCCACCUUCUUCUUCCAGUCCCUGUGCUGCUUCUGCGGGCCCCAGAAGAACUGUGGCCAGAUCCUGUGGCCCUGCGCUGCUGCGGGCGUGGACGCAGGAGGCCACAACACCAAGCAGGACGGUUCAGCCCCCGGCGCGGCAGCCACCAGAUCGGCCGCUAACGGAGCGUUUGGCUGCCGGUCGAGAGCCAGGAGGAGUUUCGGGAAGGGAGGAGGCAGGGGCGGGGAGCAGCUGUGUCAGAACCAGCAGAAGCAGGGAGGAGGAGGAGGAGGAGGAGGAGGAGGAGGAGGAAGGGGCCGGGGGGGAGAGGAGGAACACUACGAGCUGCAGCCUCUGGCCAGGCAGCUGAGCGACAGCUUCGAGAACAGCACCUGCACCAGCAAGCUGUCCAACCGGCCCUCGGUGCUGAGUGAGGAGAUCCAGUUCCGCGGACUGAGCCCCAGGAGGACCGUGCUGGGGAGGAGCGGAGAGGAGGAGCAAGGGGAGGCUGGGAGGGGAGAGAACCGGGGGUGCCACCUGCACACCUCCUCCCCCUACAGAGAGAACCUCCUGAGGCCCAUGGCUUCAGCACCGCCUCUGGGAGACCAGGCCCAGGACAGGCUGCUGUGCAGGAGGUGCCAGGGCCAGACCGGGGGGCUCCGACACUGGAGAGCAACCUCCCUCUCCUCCUCCUCCAGCAUGGAAGACAUCACCCAGCGCCUGGACUCGCGCCACCCCUCGGUCAGCGACGAAGGGGGAGCAGCCGGCAGCUCUUACCAGCACCACCCCCACCGGCGCCUGCUCUCCUCCCAGUCCCAGAGCUCCUUCGAUGGGCUUGAGGACUCCAACGAGACCUGCCUAAGCGACAUGGAGGGGGGGCCGCCCACCCCACUGCCCCCCGCCAAACCCCAGGAGGAGGGGCAACCGGGACACCUCAACGGAAAGAGGGACACCUUGCGGCUGGCCCUGAGGGAGACUGUGUUCGAUGAAGCGCCCCCAGUGGCUGGGAGGGGCAGGGCGAGCCACGGGGAGCAGCAGCCUGUGAUCCUGCCCAACAGCAAGCCUGACCUGCCCGACGUGUGGAUCAGGAGAGAGGAGGAGGAGGAGGAGGAGGGAGGCGAGGGGAGGGAGGACAACAGCUGACGGGGACUGAAGAGGAUGAACAAACUCCCUUAUUGAGAAAAACUACUUACCGCAUUUAAAAAAAAACCUGAAUGGUUGGCUGAUCUUUGUCUUUCUGCUCUUUCUGGACAGACUGGACACUGUGCAGUACCUGGGCUGCUGUCUCUGAGCUAAAAGAAGCACUCAAACCAGCACACAGACCCCCAUGUGAAGCUCAGUGCAUCUUGUUUUAAAACGCAUGGACCGUCACAGCACUCUUUUUAAGCUCCAGAAAUGGAACACUUCAUUCAAAAGCAUGAACACGUGCCAAAAAGGGGUACCUGAGCUCUGCAGUCCCCAGAAGACACUGGGUCCUAUUGAGAGAAUUAAACAGCUGGCUGCAGGACACUGUGCUCACGUCUCCAUCUUCUGGUCAGCUCUGUGCAUUACAGUUCCUACUGACCAGCAAGGCUGGCAAAAUGAGCUUUGAGUACACAUGAACGUAUUUGUUUAGGCAUUGAUGAGUUUUCUAAACACACAUUAUACUUAUAAGAUUAUUUAAAUGGAAAUAGAAGAGUUUUUCUGUAGAUAACAGAAGUUUCCACUUUGACUUUGGUGAAGUAAUAUUUUGGUGCCCCCCCCCCCCCCCAUGGCAGGUUGUCAAUCACUCCGGUACUGAAUGCUCCGGGAGCCUCCACACUUUGAAUAGCACAGCUGCUGUAGAGAGAAUAAUACUUCAGUCAUCCCGCUGGAGGACUGAAGAGCGAUAUGGCUGCCUGACGGUGACUCUAAAGUUGGGAUGAAGUUAAAGGUUAAAGGUUUGGGUGUAAAUGGUGAUUUAAAGUCAGAACUAGGGUUUCGUGCAGCUGCUUCUGAAAGCGUGGUUAUUCGGACAGAUACACAACUUGCUAGGCUGCCCCCAGGGGGCCCAAGUUUGAGAAGCACAGUUUUCGGGACAGUCUGGUAUUCCGUGUUGCCAGCCCGUGCCACUCUGCCAAGCAGUCCUGCGCAUUGGUGACACAGAUUCCUGAAAACCUUUUAGUUUGAAUAUACUGUCUGUAUCUGCUGUAUGUCUGUAUGUACAUGAAAACAAAAGCAAGUGCCAAAUAGAUGGGAUUUCCAGACGGAUUGAUUUUUUUGCAGCUGCCAACGGAUCCUGUUAUAUAUCAGUGUGUAAUUGUACAUGGUUGUGGGGCUGCAGUCUACGACAAAAACUAAAGCAAAAAAAGCAGAUUCUGGGUGAUGGCUUUCUGCUUACAUCUGCCUUUGUGGAUGGUUGGAUUUGUAAUGAACUGAAGAAGGGAGCACAGCAUGUUAGGACUUCUCUUUUCCUAAACAUCACAGCUCUGGUGUGUAACGUUCCCAUUCGUCUCUGAAAUCCCCACCCCUUUGAGGGGUUAUUAAAUCAGGGGACAGGCUUGGACAAUCAUUUUCUUCAGCACAACAAGACUGAAACAGACUGCAGCUGCCUGAACGAAAGCUCACUGCAGAGUUUACAGCCCCACUCACAAACCUCUUAACCACAGAAUGACUUGUAAUAAAGUUCGAUCUUCAUGAAACGGUUCGGGACGGUAGCCCGUUUGUUAGAAAAGGUUCACGCUUACAAAACCAUCUUUAAAUAACUCCAGAGGUAACGAUGCUCGGUUAAAUACUUCUAUUUAUUAAAACAACAACCAUGAAAGCAGCAGCAUUCAGCCAGAUGAUCGCGCAACGCUCUCGUCUAAAAAUAACUGGAGAUUUAAAAAAUAAAGAUUAGUUUUGGUUUGUC